AUGUCUUCGCGCGUUCCGAGUUAUGAAUUGGUAAGAGAUCAUGAGCAUGUUAUUGAGCAUAGAUGUCAAGUACGCCGCCGUUCCGACUUUUGCGGUAGUAAGGUCUCUUCUGCAAGUGCUUCAAUUAAAACUAAGGAUUGUCAACAUAGGGGAGCACCGGGCAAAAACGAAUGCUCCAGCCUCAUUUCAACACAUGGUACAAAUUCAUGUCGGACUCGGUCUGGGAUUCGGAAUCAAAUAGCAUCGGCCACUCGUGUGCCUACUAAACAGGUACAUUCCGCCUGCCGUACCCCCAAGUGUAGGACAGCUUCUCCAGUUAAGGUAACUACAUCCAUUCGCUCAUCAGCACGUCAACGUAUCUCCACGGACAGUGCUCCAUCAGAGAAAUCGGUCAGAGCACAAUUUCUCGAAGAACACUGUAAAAAUCCAAACCAUAUUCAUUCCAGCGAGAGCAAAGCAUUGUUACCUCGCAGGAAGGCAAUUGUACGAAAUAAAGCUAGGGAAUGCUUAGGUGGCUCUAGAGAAUGCUUAGGUGGCUCUAGAGAAUGUUCGGGUAGCUCUAUAGAAUGCUCUAUUAGCUCUAGAGAUGGCCCAAUUGUUACUAGAGAAUGUUCAAUUAGCACUUCAGAUAAUUUUGAAGUUGGAACCCACUCAUCGCAUAGUCAAAUAAGUGAUCGUUCGAUGUUAACGCCCGAUGUUCAGCAGUAUGAUGAACCCGACGAGACCGCCGGGAAUUCGUUGAAUGCGCAGUUUCUCCCAGUUAGUUCCUUCUUGGAGAACGUCUUUAAACCACAAUACUACUUCACAUUCCUCUGCAACGUCGGCGUCCAUACAUUCACGCAGACAGCGGCCGCAACAAUCUUUGUCACCUUCUGGCUCACCACAUUUGGAGUCGCAUUCCCCCCCAUGCUCCCAGUUAUCUUGCCGCACGCAUUCUUGCAAGCAGGAGUUGUCUCAGCAAUCUGCUGCAGGAGCUAUUUGUUGGAAUUUAUGGAAUCGUAUAUUGCAUACAUCCUCGUUACACCAGGUGGAUUCCUCUUCUCCACCCGUGCUGCCUUCUCGUGGCGCUUCUGGCUUAAAAACAUGCCAACAUUUUUGUGGAGAUACUUCACCUUCUGGGGAUUUUACAUCUCAUUAUUAUUAUUCACUUUUAUUCCCUACCUCGGACCACUCCUCGUGCUCGUACUCAACGCAAAAGCAACCGGUACAGUAUACUACUCUAAAGCUCAGUCAUAUGAGAUGACAGAGCAGCAAGUGAGAAGGAAAAGCUUGGAUCUAUUCAUGUUUGGUGGAACAGCUUUUCUUCUCGAGUGGCUCCCAUUUGUAGGCGGCAUUGCAUAUUCCACAAAUCUAGCAGCUGCCCGCAAGUUAGUUGGUAGUGAUCUAGGUCUUGAGGAAAUUCCACCAUUUAGCGCUAUUAAUGCAUCUAUAAGCACAUCUGUCGACGUUGGUAGCUAG